AUGACCAAUCCAAGAAAAAAAAUCAAACUUAAUCGUCUUUUUUUUGAAUCCUAAGCAUCUCAAUUCCCUUAAUUAUAGCUUAAUCAAAAUGAUCAUUUAUAUAACUAAAGUGACUCAUAUUCUAAUACUAACUCUCCAAUCCAUGAAAAAGUGUCCUAUUUUUCAAGAGAAGAUUUCUAAAAUAAUAACCAUUUUAUAUAAUAAAAUGACGAUACAAAUGUUUUGAAAUCAGAAUAAUUUAUUUUAGAUGAAUCUAAUGAUGUUGAAAUGAGAAUAAACGAAUGGUUAGAUAGAAACAAUAUUAAAAUGGUGAGUCCAGAGGACAUAAUUCACGAUUUCUAUCACAAAAUAAGAAUGUAAACCCUUUAAAAAAUGGAAAUAGAACUUAAUGAAAUUUAAUAUAGAGAAGAAUCCAGCCAAAAUAGCUCUAACGAUUUAGACUAUGAAGGUCUAGAUUAUUCACAUAAUAAAAAAAAUAAUAAAUAAAAAGCCUAUCAAGUAUCUAAUGAUGUAGAAAAAAAAUUAUUGGAUGUUAAAGUAGUAAGAUCAAAAGUAUAAGAUAGAUAAGCCAAGAAAAUUAAUUAGAAUUUAACAUUAACCUCAAAACUGCUUCAAAGAAGAAUUAAUCUAAAUCUUGUAACUAAAUCUUCUAAUAUAGAUUGUAAUAAUUACGUUUACUGA